GGCGGAGGGCACCAUGGCCGCGGCGCGGCGCGCGGCGUUGCUGGCCGCCCUGCUGCUGGCCGAGCCCUGCGCCCCGGAGCCGGCGGCCGAGGCCAACGGCACCUGCCAGGGCUCCAACCGCUGCCAGCCCGGCGUGCUGCUGCCCGUGUGGCAGCCCGACAACCCCUCCUUCGGCGACAAGGCCGCCCGGGCCAUCGUCUACUUCGUGGCCAUGAUGUACAUGUUCCUGGGCGUCUCCAUCAUCGCCGACCGCUUCAUGGCCUCCAUCGAGGUCAUCACCUCCAAGGAGAAGGAGAUCACCAUCACCAAGGCCAACGGGGAGACCAGCAUCGGCACCGUGCGCAUCUGGAACGAGACCGUCUCCAACCUCACGCUCAUGGCCCUGGGCUCCUCGGCGCCCGAGAUCCUCCUCUCCGUCAUCGAGGUCUGCGGGCACAACUUCCAGGCGGGCGAGCUGGGCCCCGGCACCAUCGUGGGCAGCGCCGCCUUCAACAUGUUCGUGGUGAUCGCCGUCUGCGUCUACGUCAUCCCCAGCGGCGAGAGCCGCAAGAUCAAGCACCUGCGCGUCUUCUUCGUCACGGCCUCCUGGAGCAUCUUCGCCUACAUCUGGCUCUACCUGAUCCUGGCCGUCAUCUCGCCCGGCGUGGUGCAGGUGUGGGAGGCCCUGCUCACCCUCGUCUUCUUCCCCGUCUGCGUGGUCUUCGCCUGGGCCGCCGACAAGCGGCUCCUCUUCUACAAGUACGUCUACAAGCGCUACCGGGCCGACCCGCGCAGCGGCAUCAUCAUCGGCACCGAGGGCGAGCUGCCCAAGGGCAUCGAGAUGGACGGCGGCUUCCUGGCCCCCGAGCGCCGGGAGGCCGAGGGGGCGGCCGCCGCAGCGCCGGCCCUCGUCGAGCCCACGCCGGAGGAGAAGGAGCUGGACGAGAGCCGCCGCGAGGUGAUCCAGAUCCUCAAGGACCUCAAGCAGAAGCACCCCGAGAAGGAGCUGGACCAGCUGGUGGAGAUGGCCAACUACUACGCCCUGCUGCACCAGCAGAAGAGCCGGGCUUUCUACCGCAUCCAGGCCACCCGCAUGAUGACUGGCGCCGGCAACAUCCUCAAGAAGCACGUGGCCGAGUUCUCCAAGAGGGCCUCCAACCUGCUGGAGGUGCCCUCGGACGCCGAGGAGGAGAGCUGCAGCCGCAUCUUCUUCGAGCCCUGCAUGUACCACUGCCUGGAGAACUGCGGCUCGGUGACGCUCUCGGUGGCCUGCCAGCACGGCGCCGAGGCCAACCACACCUUCUACGUGGACUACAAGACGGAGGACGGCUCGGCCAAGGCGGGCUCCGACUACGAGUACAGCGAGGGCACGCUGAUCUUCAAGCCGGGCGAGACGCAGAAGGAGCUGAAGAUCGGCAUCAUCGACGACGACAUCUUCGAGGAGGACGAGCACUUCUUCGUGCGGCUCCUCAACCUGCGGGUGGGCGACGCCGAGGGCAUGUUCGAGGCGGACUCGGCCGAGCACCCCAAGGGACGCCUGGUGACGCCGCUGGUGGCCACCGUCACCAUCCUGGACGACGACCACGCCGGCAUCUUCACCUUCCAGGACCGGCUGCUGCACGUCAGCGAGUGCCAGGGCACGGUGGAGGUGAAGGUGGUGCGCAGCUCGGGCGCCCGCGGCACCGUGCUGCUGCCCUACCGCACCGUGGAGGGCUCAGCCCGCGGCGGCGGCGUCCACUACGAGGACGCCUGCGGCGAGCUGGAGUUCAGGAACGACGAGACCGCGAAAACGCUGCAGGUGAAGAUCGUGGACGACGAGGAGUACGAGAAGAAGGACAACUUCUUCAUCGAGCUGGGGCAGCCGCGCUGGCUCAAACGGGGCAUCUCAGCCCUCCUGCUGGCCCAAGCCGAGGGCGAGCGCAAGCUCUCCGCCGAGGAGGAGGAGGCCCGGCGCAUCGCCGAGAUGGGCAAGCCCGUGCUGGGCGAGAACUGCCGCCUCGAAGUCAUCAUCGAGGAGUCCUACGACUUCAAGAACACCGUGGACAAACUCAUCAAGAAAACGAACCUGGCCAUGGUGAUCGGGACGCACUCGUGGCGGGAGCAGUUCCUGGAAGCCAUCACCGUCAGCGCAGGCGAGGAGGAGGAGGAGGAGGACGGGCGGGAGGAGCGGCUGCCGUCCUGCUUCGACUACGUGAUGCACUUCCUGACGGUCUUCUGGAAGGUGCUCUUCGCCUGCGUGCCGCCCACCGAGUACUGCAACGGCUGGGCCUGCUUCGGCGUCUCCAUCCUCCUCAUCGGCGUCCUCACCGCCCUCAUCGGCGACCUGGCCGCCCACUUCGGCUGCACCGUCGGCCUCAAGGACUCCGUCAACGCCGUCGUCUUCGUGGCCCUGGGCACCUCCAUCCCCGACACCUUCGCCAGCAAGGUGGCCGCGCUGCAGGACCAGUGCGCGGACGCCUCCAUCGGCAACGUGACGGGCUCCAACGCCGUCAACGUCUUCCUGGGGCUCGGCGUCGCCUGGUCCGUGGCCGCCAUUUACUGGGCGGCGCAGGGCCGGGACUUCGAGGUGCAGACGGGCACCCUGGCCUUCUCCGUCACCCUCUUCACCAUCUUCGCCUUCGUCUGCAUCAGCGUGCUCAUGUACCGCCGGCGGCCCCACAUCGGCGGCGAGCUGGGGGGGCCCCGCACCCCCAAGCUCCUCACCGCCGCCCUCUUCCUCGGCCUCUGGCUCCUCUACAUCCUCUUCGCCAGCCUCGAAGCCUACUGCCACAUCAAGGGCUUCUGAGCGGCGCCGCCGGGGACGGGGACA